UUGUGCUUUGAUUCAUCGGCAUCGUCCUGAUCUUCUAGAUUAUGACUCCUUAAACAAAGCAGACCGGCAUACAAAUACUGCUUUGGCAUUUGAGGUAGCAGCGACUAAACUUGGUAUAACACAAUUAUUGGAUGUUGAAGACGUCUGUGAUAUCCAAAAACCAGAUGAAAGAUCUAUAAUGACCUAUGUUGCAUUAUAUUUCCAUGCUUUUUCACAUUUGGACAAGAUAGAGACUGCGGGAAGAAGAGUCUCUAAGUUUGCGGAAGUAAUGCAGUCGGUUUGGGAUAUGGAGCAUGAUUAUGAGAGGCGUGUUAAACAG